AUGGAUGUGAAUGUGAGGGAAACGGCGGCUGACAGCCAUAUGACCAUUAGCUGCACAGCCACUGACGGAGCAGUGGAGCUGCAGUCCAGAGACGUCCUGCCCUUCUUUCCCAAGGCUGUGAGUGUGGAGGCACACGAGGAGUGCCAGGACCCCCCUCUGUCCUCUGUGGACGGAUACGGAGGAGACUCACCCUCCCGAGGUGGAGCUACCUACACCACCUUAACACCUCUGAGCUCACACAUGCAGCUACAACCACAGUGCCAACACCAGCUCUGCUAUCCUGCUGCAAACCUCAUGGGCACCUUUACCCUCAUGCAUGAGGAGCGAAAUGUGGCAGGCAGGGAGGGGACAUUCACCCCUUACACACCCCACCCUUGCCUCUCACUCCCCUCCAUCAGCCCUGGCCAUAUCCCGGGGUAUGGUAACCAUUACAGUGGUUUUGAGAAUCAUAGUAGUCAUAUGACUCUGAGUGGGUGUGGUGAUGUAGGUGUGGAGUUCAGCUGCAAGUCUAACUUUUCUCCAGUAGGGGGCAGUAAAGUGGCCUCUCCCCAGCAUGCUGCAGAUUCAUUUGACCCACUCACAUACGAGCCCCCCCGGACACAUAUGCCUGUGCAUAGCUGUAGUGCACACCCACAUUCAGAGGAGAUCAAUACCAGGGAGGUGGCCCAGAGGAUCAUGGGAGAGCUGAAAAGAUACAGCAUUCCCCAGGCGGUUUUUGCGGAGCGUGUGUUGUGUCGUUCUCAGGGAACGCUGUCCGACCUACUCAGGAAUCCCAAACCCUGGGCCAAGCUCAAAUCAGGACGAGAAACCUUCAAACGAAUGUCCCAAUGGUUACAGGAGCCAGAGUACCAGAGAGUAGCUUCAUUACGACUUGAGGCAUGCAAGAGGAAGGAUUUUGAUCAGGGAUCAGUGGAGCGGAACCAGGGGCCCAAACGUACACGACUGGUGUUCACAGACCUGCAGCGGCAUACCCUUAUGGCUAUUUUUCGGGAGAAUCGACGACCCGCUAAAGAUCUACAGGUCACUAUUGCCCGGCAGCUGGGCCUAGACCUUAGCACCGUCAGUAACUUCUUUAUGAACGCUCGGCGCAGAAACCUGGACCGCUGGGCUGAUGACCCUCGGCCCUCUUCCACGGACUCCAGCUUCUCUUUCAGCACUGCCUGA